GUCACAUCAGCCUCCGUUAACACAGGAUCACAGUAUGGAUAUUCCAAGUCAAGACCGACUGAAGGUAAAAUCACCAUGUGGUGACUUCUUUUCUUGUACAGAGUGGCCCCUUCUCUGUACCUGUGGAUCUUGGGCUCCCAAGGCCUUUUCGUGAAUGUGGUAAGAAUUUAGUAAGAAAAGUCCUUGGGAGUUCACAGACCAGGGACAGAGUGAACCUUCUCUGUUCUGCCCUUAACAGAGUUCCAGUCUCUGAAUGUGUCUUGGGAUGUAGCACUUCUGAUUUUCACUUCUUCCAGUUGCUCUUUUUCUUUCUGUCUUUCUCUAGCUCUCUGUUUCUUUCUCUCUCUCUUGUGUGUGUGUGUGUGUUUGCGCGCAUGUGUGUGUGCGUGCAUGCAUGUGUUUAAGAUGGUACAUAUUGGGUUUUUGAGGAAUUGCUGUAUUAGACUGUAGCAGGCUUGUUGCAGUUCAGUUCAUGUCAUACCAUUUCCUAGUUUCCUCAAACCUGGGGAAACUUUAAGAUCAUUGUGGAAUAUGGUGAGGAUGUCACGUGCUUUCUGAAUUAUGCCUAAAAUGAAGUAGGCUGUGCAGACAACCUGUUUUUAAAGAGUGUAUUUUGUCCUUUGUACAGAGGUUAUUCCUUCCCCAAGAUCCUGCUAGCUCUUCUCGUGGUGUUGAGAGGUGUUGUGUUGCUUUACUUGACAACUCUUGUCAGCUGCAGAGCUCUCUUUCUUGUGCAUAACCCAUUGUGUUGCACACUAACUGGUGAGCCAGAAUGGAACUGCUACAUCCCCUGGUCUUAGUCAUUUUUGCUGUACUGAUAGACACCCUUCCCUUUCAGCACAGUGCAUCAGAAUGCUCCAAUUCCAGAAAAAGAACUGCAGAAGAUGAUACUCAUACACUGCCUACCUCACAAUGUAAAAGCAGAGAUUCUAAAGGAGAUGAAGAUUUAAUAGAACAUUUAACUCAAGAUGAGACAUCUAGGCUGGACCUUGACUUUGAGGAGUGGGAUAUUGCUGGCCUGCCAUGGUGGUUUUUAGGGAACUUGAGAAACAACUACGUACCUAGAAGUAAUGGCUCGACGGAUUUACAGACAAAUCAGGAUAUAGGUACUGCCAUUGUUUCAGACACUACGGAUGACUUGUGGUUUUUAAAUGAGUCAGUGUCAGAGCAAUUAGGUGUUGGAAUAAAAGUUGAAGCUGCUAAUUCUGAGCAGACAAGUGAAGUGGGGAAAGCACGUGACAAAAAGGUGAUUGAUGUUGGAAAAGAUGAUCUUGAGGACCCUAAGUCCUUGAGUGAUGAUACCGAUGUGGAACUUACCUCCGAGGAUGAGUGGCAGUGUACAGAGUGCAAGAAAUUUAAUUCUCCAAGCAAGAGGUAUUGUUUUCGUUGCUGGGCCUUAAGAAAGGAUUGGUAUUCGGAUUGUUCUAAAUUAACUCAUUCUCUCUCCACAUCUAAUAUCACUGCCAUUCAUGAAAAGAAAGAGAAUGAAGGAAUCGAUGUCCCCGAUUGCCGGAGAACUGUUUCUGCUCCAGUUGUCAGGCCUAAAGAUGUGUAUUUAAAGGAAGAGAAUACCAAGUUUAACCCUUGUAACUCAGUGGAGUUUUUGGAUUUGGCUCAUAGUUCUGAAAGCCAAGAGACCAUCUCAAGUGUGAGAGAACAAGCAGAUAUCCUUUCUGAACAGAAAACAGAUACAGAAAGUAUGGAAGAUUUUAAAAAUAUCUUGAAGCCAUGUAGUUUAUGUGAAAAAAGGCCUCGGGAUGGGAACAUUAUUCAUGGGAGAACGAGCCAUUUGACAACAUGUUUCCAAUGUGCCAGAAGACUAAAGAAGACUGGAGCUUCAUGUCCUUCUUCUCUCCUUGGCAUGACUCUGACACCUCUGCAUUUACAGUCUCCUCAUUGUGUGGCCCCAGUGGCUCUCUUUAACCAUGGAGGAAGUUUCCACAACCCCUUGCUCAUGUAUCCUUUAAUACUCCAUAGCCAGAUUACACUGCCAAGUUCUGCCUGCUUAGGAGAGUCUGGGCCCCUCCCCCCCCAGUCACACUUGCAGCCAUUUUGCUUUGUUGUUGCCUUUUUGGAACUAGAAAAAAAAAAGCUUGGGUUUUUUCCUUUCACAAGAGGGAUGCUUAGCUGGGUGGGAUUUUAUCCUGAGGGCAUUUCUCCCUCCAUUUCAGAUCAGGCCUCUCCUUAAUCUCAGCCUCUGAGUGCAAGCCUUGGCUCCCAGCAUUAACCUCCCUGGUGCUCUUUCCUGCAUACUCUGUAUAUGAUAGUCUUUCUGCCUCACAUGCUCUUUUCUGUUAUUAAUAGCUAUGCUGCAGAGUCAGCAUUCAGCUCUUUGGAAGGCUCCUCUGUCAAAUUAGUCUGUUACUUUUCACUUAGGCUUAGGCAGCUUCUUAGGACAAGGGCAGAAGAAGGCAGCCCGCAUACUUUGCCAAAACAUCCCAAGAAUAGUCUUUUUCUCAGUUGCUAAUUAAGUGUUAUCCUCUGAAACUUCAUGAUCUAGACUUCCACAGACCACAUGGCUCUUAGUCCAGAGUCCCAGUCUUCCACAUUUCUCCAACAAGCCAUGGCCAGGUCUUUCAUAGCAGUGGCCCACUUCUGGUUCUGACUAGUGUCUGGCUACUCUUCAGUGCUGUGGCAAAACACCCCAGCCGGGGCUGGAGAGAUGGCUCAGUGGUUAAGAGCAUUGCCUGCUCUUCCAAAGGUUCUGAGUUCAAUUCCCAGCAACCACAUGGUGGCUCACAACCAUCUGUAAUGAGGUCUGGUGCCCUCUUCUGGCCUGCAGACAUACACACAGACAGAAUAUUGUAUACAUAAUAAAUAAAUAAAUAAAUAAAUAAAUAAAUAAAUAAGUAUUUAAAAAAAAAAAACACCCCAGCCACGGCAGCAGAGAGAAGAAAGCCUUUAUUGGGGCUAUGGUUUCAGAGGAUUAGUUCGUGAUGGCACCAACGUUGGAGAGCAGGAGGUAGAGAGAGAACCCUGGGAGUGGCAUGGGGCUUUUGAAACCUCAAAGCCUUCACUUGUGACACACCCCUACCAACAAGGCUACAUCUCCUAAUCCUCCCAAAUAAUUCUUCCAACUGUGGAUCAAAUAUUCAUACAUGAACCUAUGGGGGCCAUUCUCAUUCAAACCACCAGUUUUCAAAGGAGUUCUUUCUUAGCUAUAUCUUGUCAUUGCCUCCAGUUGAUAAUUUCACUAGUUGCGCAAAUAAAGUAGAAUUUGUCUUUCCUCAGUGGCCAAGCCUUUGCUAUUACCUUCUGCAAGUAUUAAAAGCCCUGUAGCUCCUAUUUGGCGUGAUGUGCAGCUUCUUUGAGAAACUAUUACAGACAUCUUUAGUCACAUCUCCAUGGUAGUGAGAAUAACAAAGUAGUGUAGAGAUGAUCACAGAUGUCAUCAAUCAUAAUUCCUGCUUCAGAACAGGCUGUGAUGUAUCCAAUCCUCCUGAGUGGAACUGAGUCUUUUUUUUUUACUUUAUUAAAAUACUGAGUUUAUUUCAUAUGUAUAUUUUUGUCUCCCUACCAUUUCCACAUCUGACCACCACUAUUACUAUGUCCUAUAAUAUUCCAUACAUCCUUGAAACCAAGUAAAGGGUGGAGCUCCAUCCUUGAAAACUAAACAGGCAUUUUAGACAACACAUUCUUGGCAAGGAACCUGGACAACAUUUAUCAAACACAGUAGGGAAAGUUCUCACUUUGCAUUAUAAAAAGGACAGCCAGAUAUAUCAACUGUUACAGAAAUUAAGACGGAAUAUUUCAAAGUGUUUAAACCAUUUUCUUAAAAGAGACUUCCUCCACUGCCGGAGAUCUUGAAUAGCCUCCUGGUCAGUCAUCCGGAAGCAAUUCUUCACAUAGUUAAUGAACUUGGCUUUCCCUUCGGGAGGAGAGCCACUUUUUCUAUGUUUGCUUGCAUUUUUGCCUUAGUGUCUUCUGCAGAACUAGGUCCUUUUGGUGUUUUAGGGUUUUUUUUUUUCCUGUUUUUUGAAGGACUCUUGACCCUUUGAUCUUGGUGUUGAUGGUUUUAAGUCUUUUCCAUUUUGGUUUGAUUUUUGUGCAUUUUUGGCUGGGGUAUCUCGUACAGAUUUCUUCACUGGAACUUAUUCAGCUUCCUCAUCAUCAUCUUCUUCAUUAUCCUCAUCAAAUUUUACUUUUUUUCUGUGGAACCUUGUUGCCACCUCCAGGAGCAGAUCUCUUUCCAGACAUACUCAGCAGCUUUCCAUCCUCCUCAUCUUCAUCUGACUGCAUCUUCCUCUACAGCUACUAGGUGCUACCCACUAAUGUGCACAGGUCCUGAACCACACUUCAACCUUAAGACCACAGGUGGUGUUAGGAACUGAGCCCUUUUCAGUUCCAAGAACUAUAUUCAAAAUAGAAUGUAUUUUAAGUCAUCCUAAUGCUCCUCAGCUUUUGGGGCAGGAUCUUGCUGUUUAGCUAUGACUGGCCUAGGCCUCACCCUGUAUCCCAGGCUGGCCUCAACCCUGCAGUGAUCUUCCUGCUUUUGCCUCUCGAGUGCUGAGUUUAUAGGCAUGUCCUGGUUAAGUUUCUUACUUUGGUUGUCAUUUAAGUUAGUAUUGUGAUCAUACUAUCUUUGACAGAAAGUCAGAGCAGAGCUGACAGGUGAUUGGAAAAGGCUCCUCUCUGUUACCUUACAUACGGUGUUAUUAUGCUUAUGUAUUUACCACUGUGUCAGACUAGAAGUUCAGGCCAAGCCUUUACACUGGUGUCACUGCCUCCCUGGCCCAUCUAUGUCAGAUUUCCCAGUGAGGGCUGGAACUGGUAGAUCAGAGUAGCCAGGCCAGCCUUCUAACUGCCACAGAAUUGUGUAAUAGCACGUUUUACUGCCAAGCAUUUGUGAUUGUGUGAUAAUAUGUUUAUUAUUUGUGUAUAUUUAGAUGUAUGUGAUACUUUGCAUGGUUUGAAAGAAUUUAUUCUGAAAGCCAGGAUCACGUGUGUCAGUUCAAUGCAAUGGUUCCCUUGAAAAGUCUUGAUUGAGGAAUUGGUGAAUGUUUCCAGUUCCUUAAUGUUACCUGGUUGGUUCUUUUUAGAAAGGAAGAACCUUCCAGACUAGCUAUUUGUCAGUGUUUUUGUUUUGUUCUGUUCCCAUGAUGUUCUGUGAACUCCGAAAGUACGUGGCUUUAGAUACUGUGACUGUUAUUUUUCCUUUUAACCUAAAUUGUUGCUUCAGCCUAAAGAAGACUAUUUCCUGAUGCCUCCAACCAACCUUUCAUGUAUGUUCACACUAUCUAGAUUAAUGCUACCUUUGCUCAAAAAUUUUAGAUAAUUAGCUGUUUAGUCUCUUCACUUCGAUGAUAAACCCAGAAGCUGUCCUCUGUGCCAAAAGUAAAGUGUGCAAUGUUUACAGAUGGGUGGAAUUUUGCACUGCCAUAGGGAAUGGUGAGGUUAUAUCGCCAGAUUCCUGAGAUUUAUGAGUAGAUAGUUGCCGUUUAUGCUUAUGAGAGGAGCUGUUGAGCCUUCUGAGUCUAACUUGGAAAUGAGUAUCUGAGACCAGUGGUUGAAGUGACUCACUCCCUAGACCUAGCUUGGGUGCAGUUUCCAGUUUGUUUGGAGGUGUUUUUUCUAUUGACAGCUCUUUGUUGUCUGCAGUUACUAUGUGCUUCCUUUAGAGGAGCUGCCAGCCCUUCCCUCCUGGGGGAGAAUGUUGUGUAGGCAUAGAUCUUUUGAUGUAAUAAAUGUGCAAUCCCAAGUAAUGCCAUUAUUGGUGAAUGUGGCAUUAGUAAAGAAACUCUUACUAUAAAUUAUUCUUCCCUCAAUAGCCCCCCUCCUUUUUUUUUUUUUUUUAAAUUAAAGAGACAGGGUCUCCAUGUAUAGUCCUUGGUUGACCUAGAACCUUUGUAGACUAGGGUGUCCUCAGACUCACACAGAUCUGCCUGUUUCUGCCUUCUGAGUGCUAGGCCUAAAGGCAUCUGUCACCACAUCCAUCCUUAGUAGUAGCCUUUUGAAUGGCUAAUGUUACAGAAACUGAUUUCAUAUCCACGGUGCUGCUUUCCCUGUUUAUUUGAGUUUGCAUAGGAGCCUCUAGUCCCUUCUAGCAGCACAGCACAGCCAGUAGCACUCCCCGUUUCUUAAGGUGGAGGAAUCAGAGAUAAGCUAUAAGGGCAAGUAGUGCUCCCAGGACAAUUCCUUCAGUGGUGUUAAGAGUUUGGCAAAUGCUUUACUAAAGAUCAGCAUUGUGUUGAGACACCUGAGAGCCAAUCAGAGCAUUUUAUUUGUUAUCCAAAAGUGUUUUGUAUUUUAAACAGCAAGUACUUGGAUGUUUGUAGGCAUUUCCCCUUCCUCCUUCCCUCUCUCCUUUAUUGUUGCUUUUAUGCUAUCCUGGUUUGAAGUUAACUGGGUUUGGACCUUACUUCUAUGCCAAAGGCCAUCUUUCCCUCUGGGUGGUUAGAGCUGCUUUGUACUUAUACGGUCCUUCUUCAGCCAGUCUUAAGCAAUGUUGUGUUUCUGUUUGCAGAGGACCGUGAGCUUAGGGGGGAGGGAAAUUGAGGUCAGCUGGAUGGCUUCUUUUGUGUGUGCGAUGGGUUGGUAAUUAGUUCACAGCUGAUUUGUCUGAGCACUGAAGAAUUUGAGGUCAGUUUUCCAACCCUCUGCACGCCCAUUUGUUUUCUCCAUCGUUCACUCCCUUUCAGUAAGGACGCACACCACCCCUCUAACACAGUAAUAGGAAAUACAAUGUACUUGGCAUAGUAGAAGUUUCAGUGUCUGAACAAUACUGUCUGUAGCUUGCUAUGAAUUGUUUCCUCUUGAUUAAAGAAAGGUUACCCCAGCAGCUUGUAGCCUAGUCUGAAAGCUGUAAGCUGCAGUUUUUCUCACUUGUAACACCAACAUACACACCACCCCUUUCUACCUCAGGUUGUUGUGGAGACUAUUGGGGAGACUCUUAAAAACUUACUGCCUUGAAGAAGGUGUGAGAAGCUAAUAGUCUUAGCCGACUGCACUCUGGGGCUUGUAUUAAGAAGCCCUUGAGUUCUGGAAGCUGUUCUCCUUGCUGCCUGUAAGUCCUCUGCUCACAUGCUAUCUUUUAUCCUCCAGACGCCUUGAGAAGUGCGUGUAAAUAUGGACAGUACAUCCUUUUCUCAUGGAACAUCCUUGCUGAGGCCUUGCUGUGUAGGAAUUCUUUUUAUGUGCACUUGAGUAGGUGGCAUAAGAUGCUCUGCUGGUGUGCAGAAACAGACAGUUCUUGGCAUACCGGUCGGGGAGUCGCCAGUACAGUAGUAGCAAAUGAGGGGCAAUAGACUGAGAAAAAUGGCAGCUUACUAGUGAGGCCGGAGGGAAGUGUUUCCAUGUGUCUUUGUGUAAUUUCCUACAGUGCCACUGAGUUAAUAGCCCUGUACCUGGGUGUUUGCACUAUGUAAUGCUUCUAUGGCCUUUUUAUUGUGUUUUUGUGUGAUUAAGCAAUUUUCAUUUCACUGUGUAUUGUCAUUAUUGGAAAUAAAGUAAUUUUGUUUAUGUACAGCUAGCCCAUUUUCUGUUCUCUUUGGCAUGAUUUGGAGAAGUGAUUAGACUUAAAGUCAGUAGCAACUUCCCCCCAAGUUGCCUAUUAGAGUAAUUGUAUUCAUUUCUU